AUGGCUGAGCAGCAAAUUCAACAUUUCAGUCACAAGCAUCCAUUGAUAUUCAAGAAGGAGCAGAACGACAGUGGCUUGGUUUUUUGCUCAGUGUGCGAGGACCCAGUGCUUGGCUCAAGCUACACUUGCAACCAAUGCAGCCCUGCCUUCAUUCUCCAUAAAUCUUGUGCAGAUAAACUAACUCCUGAGAUACACAACCCGAUCCACCCCAAACACCCACUUAGUCUCCACCCACCCCAAAAUGGCAACUUCUGUAGUGACUGUUACCAACCAUGCAGCGGCUUCAUCUACUAUUGUCAUGUCUGUAAAUUCGGAAUAGACCUCAAAUGCGCUUCAAAGUGGGAAAACUACUGUCAUGACCACAAAUUCACCGUCCUGAAGAACCGUACUAUUAAAUUCACUUGUGAUGUCUGUGGCAAAGAUGGCAACGUCGACUUAUACCUCUGUGGCAUCUGCCAGCUCAUGGUGCAUAAGAAAUGCUCUUGGCUACCACGCCGUGUCAAAAUAGGAGACCACAAUCACAGACUCAAGCUCACCUGGCGCUUUGAAGACAUUUACCCCAAAAAGCAACGUUUCUGCUCCUUUUGCAAUAGACACAUGGACCAAAGCCGCGCUGUUUAUUAUUGUCAUGAAUGUUGCAGUUAUGUUGCCCACAAUUCAUGCGCCACCAAGGAGACCACUCCCGACGACGACCCCCAACAUAAGAACAACCAAACAAAAUCAGAUCCAGCUGCGCAGAUCAACCAAACAAAAUCAGAACCAGCUGUUCAGAUCAACCAAACAAAAUCAGAACAAGCUGUGCAGAUCAACCAUUUUAGUCAUCAACAUCGCUUAACCCUCAUCACUGAUCAUCAUGAGAUGUGCAGGACAAGAAGAGUCGUCAUGUCAUUUCUUUCUCCACUUAAUUUGUGCCCAAUUCGAUCGAAAGAGGCCCAAGGGUUCGGAUACUACUGUGAUAAUAAGGGCUGUGACGUCUACUUUAUCAAGGAGGAAGGCUUCUACCUUGACCUUCACUGCAGUAUUCUUUGGGAAUAUAAUAAGUCUCUUAAACAUGAGGCACAUCAUCAUGACCUCCGCUUCAUCAUAAAACAGGGUAGUUCUAAUCAAUGUAAGGGUUGUGGUGCUUCUAAGCACAUUGGUUGGUUCAGUUGUACUAUUUUGGCAUGCAACUUCAACCUUUGUAUUCCAUGUGUUAAAUUACCUCUCACAGCCCGGCACAGAUACGACGAUCACCAUCUCAAGCUCACCUAUAGAGUUACAGACAUGCUAGCUGAACAUUAUUGUGAAAUAUGCGAAGGACCACGAAUUCCGAAACAUUGGUUCUACUCCUGCUCAGAUUGCGACUUUCAUUGCCAUCCUCAUUGCAUUCUAGGGAGGUAUCCGCAAGUCAAGUUAGGGGGAGCUUAUAAGCACGACACUCACCCACACCCUGUUACUCUUGUUUAUAAGGAAAGGAGUGUCAUUCCUUCUGAUAAAAGGGAGCACAUUCUUGAUUGUCAAGCAUGUGGUGAACCGUGUGAAGGGUUGGUCUGGGAAUGUUCUAAGUGUAAUGUCAAUAUCCACCGAAAAGGUUACUGUAGAUCCACUAAAGAAGACAAAAGUGUCUCUGAUUUGAAUUCUGGUUUAAGGUUAAAGUCUUAAGGUUUUCAAAAAUGGAUAGAGAGAGAGAGAGAUGGCUGAGCAGCAAAUUCUACAUUUCAGUGACGAGAAUCCAUUGAUGUUCAAGGAAGAGUAGAAGAAGGAUGGUCCCUUGGUUUUUUGCUUAGCGUGUGAGGACCCAGUGCUUGGCCCAAGCUACACUUGCAAACAUGUCCUUUUUUUGUGUGCAAACAAUGUCUAUUUGAAUCUAUUUGAUGUUUGUUUGGUGUGUACACAAACUCGGCCAUCUCUCUGUCUUAAGUUUGAUUCAGGUAAGAAGUACAUGCAUGUAACUAA